CUAACAAAGAAGAAGAAGACUAAUCACAUAUCAGAAAUAAGAGUAGAAGCAGGAGACAGCAGUUCUGUGCAAGUUUCAGAACUAAUUAUUAUAGAAGUUGAAGAAAUCAAUCCAGAAUUAAUUAAUAUGGAAGUUGAAAAAUCAAUAAAGAAGACUUGUAAUCAAUACCAUUAUUUGGAAUCAGUCUGUCUUCCAGAUUCACACUUCAAACAUCACAUCCAACAAAAUACAAAUCCACAACAGUUGAAGAACAAUACCUGA